AUGCUUGAACCGCCGUGUUCAUCUUUCGUUUUUUUAAUUUUAUGGAUCAAUGAAGUAGGUAAAGUACGUCUCGAUUUGAUUUCAUCUCAAUUUUCUGACUCGAAUAUUAAUUCGAAUAAACGAAAAUGUAAAACAAAACGUCACUAUUUUAUCACCGAUCAAUCAUCGUCCCCAAUUAAAAUCAAUAGUGAUAGUCUUGUAUUACUCACAGCGUUAAUCUCUGAAGCACAGGUUAAUUAAGAGGCACUUAGCAUAUGUCUACAAUACUCUCAAACGUGUGAUAGUAUAUCCAAAUUCGCGUGCUGGAUGUCGCGUAUUUCCUCGCCGAAAGUGAACUUUACUAUUGCACAAUUCUUAAUAACAGUCAACAAAUUAUCCAUGCUACAGAAUAUUAAGGAUAAUGUAACUCAAAAUGGUUUACGUUUUCUUCAGCACCACAAAUUGUUGAACUGCCAACAAAUAUAUCAACCUCAUCAAACACCACUAGUCUUCCGAAAGGACCGAUUGAACAAAGUGUUCUUAAUGCCUAUAAAUACGUCAUCAAACUUUUAACACCAUUGAAAAUCAAACACUUUUUACGAAAUGGACGAAUGAUAUCUGUCCAGGAGCUAAGCAGAAACUUUGCCUGUCAACUCGAACAAUCAAAGUUGAACGAGUUAGAUAACACAGAUAGUACAACUGCAGAUGAGUCAGACUUCGAAUCUGAUGAUGCAAUGAACAACCAUGUGGCCGACAGUGAUACUGAUAGUGACAGUAGUAACGAAGAAGCUGAGGAAAACAUUCUUACUGCCAAUAAUAUCAAUAAAUCUACUUAUCCGGGACUACGUUUGACCGGCAAUGUGAAAGAAUCACUGGCUCAAACGUACUUCGAAAUUGCUAUCAAUGACACGAAAAAGUAUCUUCUCAAGCAAACAGCCUGUUGUCUUUUGAAAAAAAGAAAAAUGCUCAUUGUCCGCAGAUUGAUUGUUACAAUUCAAAACUGAUUAACGUAGCUUUUAUCUUCAACUAUUUCUAUUUUCAUAACGAAUAAGAGAUUAUUAAAGGUCUCACAGUCUAGCUUUACUCUGGUUUACUACAACAUUCUUUCUCUGA